UCUAGCUUCACUGCUUGGGAUUUUGACAGCUGAACUGCGACUGGUAAAUGGCUCAUAUCCAUGCUCUGGAAGAGUGGAAGUCUAUAAUAAUAGUGAGUGGGGGACAGUGUGUGAUCAUGGCUGGGACAUAAGUGAUGCUAAUGUUGUUUGUAGAGAACUGGGAUGUGGAACUGCCAUUUCAGCACCCGGAAGUGCUCACUAUGGACAAGGAAAUGGGACAAUAAUGAUGGAUGAUGUAAACUGUACAGGAUCUGAAUCUUCACUGAAACAUUGUUCCUUCUCUGGAUGGCAAAAGCAUAACUGCAAACAUCAUGAAGAUGCUGGAGUUCAAUGUGCAGUGAAACUGCGACUAAUAAAUGGCUCAAAUCCAUGUUCUGGCAGAGUGGAAGUCCUUUAUAACAAUGAGUGGGGAACAGUUUGUGAUGAUGGAUGGGAUGAAAAUGAUGCUAAUGUUGUCUGUAGAGAACUGGGAUGUGGAAAUGUCAUUUCAGCACCAGGUUCUGCUUUCUAUGGACAGGGAAGUGGACCAAUAAUGAUGGAUGAUGUAAACUGUCAAGGAUCUGAAUCUUCACUGAUGCAGUGUUCCUUCAGAAGAUGGAAACAACAUAACUGUGGACACAGCAAAGAUGCUGCAGCUCAGUGCACAGUGAAACUGCGACUAAUAAAUGGCCCAAAUCCAUGUUCUGGCAGAGUGGAAGUCCUUUAUAACAAUGAGUGGGGAACAGUUUGUGAUGAUGGAUGGGAUAGAAAUGAUGCUAAUGUUGUCUGUAGAGAACUGGGAUGUGGAAAUGCCAUUUCAGCACCAGGUUCUGCUUUCUAUGGACAGGGAAAUGGACCAAUAAUGCUGGAUGAUGUUAACUGUCAAGGAUAUGAAUCUUCACUGAUGCUGUGUUCCUUCAGAGGAUGGAAACAACAUAACUGUGGUCACAGUAAAGAUGCUGCAGUUCAGUGCACAGUGAAACUGCGACUAAUAAAUGGCCCAAAUCCAUGUUCUGGCAGACUGGAAGUCCUUUAUAACAAUGAAUGGGGAACAGUUUGUGAUGAUGGAUGGGAUGAAAAUGAUACUAAUGUUGUCUGCAGAGAACUGGGAUGUGGAAAUGCCAUUUCAGCACCAGGUUCUGAUUUCUAUGGACAGAGAAAUGGACCAAUAAUGCUGGAUGAUGUUAACUGUCAAGGAUAUGAAUCUUCACUGAUGCUGUGUUCCUUCAGAGGAUGGAAACAACAUAACUGUGGACACAGUAAAGAUGCCGCAGUUCAGUGCACAGAUUAUACAGUGCAGCGAAUCAUGAGUUCUAUUGCUGCACUUCUGUUUUUUUUAGUUCUAGUAGGUAUUAUUAUCAUUUGUGUUAUAAAGAAGAGGAUAAGAAAACGUAAUGCCUUGAAAAUGGAAAAUAGAAAAGGUAGGAUGACAUAUUUACAAAAUACGUUCUGUGUACAGUGCAAACUUCAGAAGGCAGUGUAUAAAGUAACAGAAAGGCUAAAUAUAACAAAAUUGUACAACAUGCGUAAUACUAAAUAA